AUGGCAAGCUUAACCUCACAGACUGAUUUGGACGACGUGAUUUCACCCUCACAACGCGUCGACGAUGGGAAGACACCCACUGAUGAAGAAAGGUUCAAGGCAGAGCGUACACCUUCAAGAUCCAGAUCUGGACGUUCCAGAACAUCAAAUGUGUCAAGUCAUGGCAGUCAAACCCAGUUAAUGACUUCAAAGGCUAAGAUGGCAGCAGCCAAAUCUCGCCUUCAGUAUGUUAAGAGAGAAACUGACAUUAAGAAACAACAGGCACUACUCGAUGCAAAUUUGACCGUAAUUCAACAUGAAAAAGAAGCUUCCGUAGCAGAAGCUGAAUACAAAGCGAUGGAAGAAAUGGUGAACUAUUCAGACAGUAGCAGCAGUCGUAGUGAUUCAGAUAUAAGAGAAGUGAAAGAAACAAGAACAAGAUAUUUCGCUAUGAAAUCAUCGACUCCAUAUGCCAGUCUUAUCGCCUCAAAAUGGUUUACUUCCUAG